UGCAUAUGAUGUGCAAAUGUAGAAAUACAUUUGUAAAUAUUUAUCCGAAUAAGAUUAUUUUAAGGUUAAUUUAUGUAACAUUUACCUAAAUAUGGCUGCGUUAAAAAGUUUUGUUGUGUGCUUUCUGAUGCUGCCACUAUCAGUCGCAUGUGCAAACCAAACAUCCUACCAUACUAUGCUCUAUGUGAAAAUACUGAAUUAUUCAAAUACCGGUACACUACAGUUAUCUGGGGGUAACAUGCCUGUAUCUACAUCAGGAUCUGGUGGUAACAUGCCUGUAUCUACAUCAGGAUCUGACUCGUGCUGUUAUAUGAGGCCGUUACAAAACUGUACCAAUUUUUGUAAAACUGUCUUCUCUAUUUGUAUUGAGAGUAAAUGCGACACAUACCUAUUCAAUAUAACCUAUAACUACGACACUGGUAGAAUUUACGACGAGAAUUAUGGCGUCGAGCGUCUCAAUGUUCAAAGCAUCAAGGAUCAGACAAUUAAUAUUGACGUAACUGAAAUAAAAACAAAUAUACGGACUGGUUCUAGCAUUGUGUCUAAAAUUGAUAGCUUUGCCGCAAAGUACAGUCGACCACCGUCUGGUUCCUUCUGGCUAAGCAGAAUGUAUCCUUUGAGACUUCAAAACAACGUAUCGUCGAUAGAUCUACAAAUAACAGCGUUUUGUGAAUCAAACUGGUACGAUCCUCGACAAAAUUGUGCUGAAAAUAUACAGUCAAAUAAUCUUCAAAGUGUUCAUUACAACUUCGGAAAUAGAACGUUUGAUGCAGAACUCGAUUGUGCGACUGAAGAAACGUCAAAGAUCACUUUUAUAACCAAAAGACCGUACAAAUUUACCAAACAGAUUCUUGAAGCACAACUUUCAAGGUUUAUAGCUGACAGAGUUUGUUCUUCAAUAGCUGUUGACGUAACCAUAUACAUCCAUAGUGUACGCUAUGACAGUAAUUUACUAAGAGUUGUGUUUACCAGCCACUGCAAUAUGCACAAUUCGUCACUACUUUCUAUAGCCAACAAGUAUAUCGAAGUAUCCGACCUCAAGUUAAAUCAAGCUCUGAUGUUCCUGUCUUCAUAUGAGGAGAGACAAUAUUUUAUAGAUCCUGUUCUACGUGAUGACUUUAGUAGUGCUCAAAAUCUGGGUAAUUUUCAGCUACUUUUACGUCUAAAACGAUUCGAGAAUUCUAACAACAUAUACUUCACAAAUGACUUCAGAGGAUUAACUAAGCACAAUUGUCCAGUAGGUGGCUGUACGCCGUCCUUUCAUUUUACAUACCAAGGCGUUGAGCACAUACUUCGUAAAUAUUCUCCGGCUACCAAUCUAAUGGAUUGCUUUGGGAACCUUGUUGACGAAUCGAAUCCAACAGAAAAGACAAAUAACACCUUGUUUUGGCAUAGCAGUAAAACAUGGAAUACACAUGACUCAAUCAAGUUGGAAAUCUAUCAAAACGACAACAACAAGGAACCUAUUGUGAUCAUGGAUAUCAAAUUAGACAAUGUUGACGUUGUUAGUUCAAAUUACCUUCUAGCAAGACCUAUAUUGAUAAACAAGACGAUCGAUUUCACAAAUGUCAGUGUUGAUAUUGAAAUAAUGGUCUGGUGUUCUACUGGAUUCUAUGGUAAAGCUUGCAACGAGACAUGUCCUACUGACAACAUCAAUUGCAACAUUGGACAAUGUAUCGACUUACAUACCAUCAACCAAGAUGCCUCGUCAUUACAAAUAGACUAUCACUGUAGGAAAGGAACAUGUAAUAACGGUGUAUGCCAGUGUCCAGAUGGAUUUGCAGGCGAAAGAUGUAACAUAGUAUCAAAUUAUAUACUUCCUUUCAACAAAACUUAUCAUUUUCUGGAUGACAUAACAAAUAAUACAACCUGUGAAGAUGGAUACAAGAACUUCAAUUGCGACGAGAGAGAUUUUUGUUACAAUAAUUUAUGCAAACAUGGCCGUUGUUCAAAUGAUGUGAACAUAUAUUCGUGUGUAUGUGAUGACGGUUUUGAAGGAUUAAAUUGUGACAGGAACAUUGAUUAUUGCAACACUGUCCCGUGUCAGAACAACGCUACCUGUCUUGAUGAACAAACUAACUAUACAUGUAUAUGUCGACCAGGAUAUACUGGACUAAAUUGUGAGAUAGAUAUCAAUUUUUGUACAAAUAAUACAUGCCAGAACAAUGCAACCUGCCUUGAGGAACAAACACACUAUACAUGUAUAUGUCGACCAGGAUAUAUUGGACUAAACUGUGAGAUAGAUAUCAAUUUUUGUACAAAUAAUACAUGUCAGAAUAAUGCAACCUGCAUUGAGGAACAAACAAACUAUACAUGUAUCUGCCAACUGGGAUAUUCUGGACUAAAUUGUGAGGUAGAUAUCAAUUAUUGUACAAAUAAUACAUGUCAGAACAACGCCACCUGCAUUGAGGAACAAACAAACUAUACAUGCAUCUGUCAACCGGGAUAUACUGGACUAAAUUGUGAGGUUGAUCUCAAUUAUUGUACAAAUAAUACGUGCCUAAACAAUGCAAUAUGCAUUGAGGAACAAACACACUAUACAUGUUUCUGUCAACCGGGAUAUUCCGGACUAAAUUGUGAGGUUGAUCUCAAUUAUUGUACUAAUAAUACAUGCCUGAACAAUGGAACGUGCAUUGAGGAACAAACAAUCUAUACAUGUAUAUGUCAACCGGGAUAUACUGGACUAAAUUGUGAGAUAGAUAUCAAUUAUUGUACUAAUAAUACAUGCCAGAACAAUGCAACCUGCAUUGAAGAACAAACAAGCUAUACAUGCAUUUGUCAACCAGGAUAUUCUGGACUAAAUUGUGAGAUAGAUAUCAAUUAUUGUGCAGAUAAUACAUGUCAGAAUAAUGCAACCUGCAUUGAGGAACAAACUAGCUAUACCUGUAUCUGUCAACCGGGAUAUACUGGACUAAAUUGUGAGAUAGAUAUCAAUUUUUGUACAAAUUAUACAUGUCAGAAUAAUGCAAUAUGCAUUGAGGAACAAACACACUAUACAUGUAUCUGUCAACCGGGAUAUACUGGACUAAAUUGUGAGAUAGAUUUCAAUUAUUGUACUAAUAAUACAUGCCAGAACAAUGCAACCUGCAUUGAAGAACAAACAAGCUAUACAUGCAUUUGUCAACCAGGAUAUUCUGGACUAAAUUGUGAGAUAGAUAUCAAUUUUUGUACAAAUAAUACAUGUCAGAAUAAUGCAACCUGCAAUGAGGAACAAACAAAUUAUACAUGUAUCUGUCAACCGGGAUAUACUGGACUAAAUUGUGAGAUAGAUAUAAAUUAUUGUACAUAUAAUACAUGUCUGAACAACGCCACCUGCAUUGAGGAACAAACAAGCUAUACAUGUAUCUGUCAACCGGGAUAUACUGGACUAAAUUGUGAGAUAGAUAUCAAUUAUUGUACAUAUAAUACAUGUCAGAAUAAUGCAACCUGCAUUGAAGAACAAACCAGCUAUACAUGUAUCUGUCAACCGGGAUAUACUGGACCGAAUUGUGAAAAUUACACCGAGAUUUGUUCUGAGGAAUCAUGCAAAAACAAUGGCACAUGCGAAGUUAUUGAUGGAGCUUUUAUUUGUCAAUGUCCUUUUGGCUUUACAGGCAAACUGUGUGAAUCUGUAUCAAAUUCAUCUUUACAAACGAGAGACGCUAUAGAUGCAGGCUGCACAGGAUCUGGUUGGAAUAUAACUGUUAAUAUAACUUUACUGAAACAACUGGAUCCGGUGAUAGUUCUAAAUAAUAUACAUUUUGGGGAUAAUGCGUGUGGUGGCAAAGAAGUCGGGAACUUGUUGUUGUUCCAGCAAGGAUUUCAAGAGUGCCUUACAAAUAAACAGAUAUCUGGUAAUAUGCUACUCUACAUAAAUGAUCUAUUCUACGUGGUUUAUGACCCCAUCAACCCGUAUAUAAUCCGACGACACGAAUGGACGUUCACAAUUCAGUGUGACGUCGAUAGGAAUGAGGCAGCGUCAUCGCACGUUCAUCAUGACGCCAACACACAACAUAUAGAAGUUUCUGGUCAAUAUCGGAUAGAUUUGUCUUUUUACAAAGACGUUAAUUUCAUGCACGAGUUACCAGGAAAUCCGCUACAUAUUAAUCUGGGGGAUGACAUUUAUGUUAAAGUGUACACUACGGCAAACGAUUGGACAACAAAAAUGAGGCUACAUACGUGUUACACGACGCCAAAUGACGCUGCGGGAAUGAAUAUGACCUAUUUCAUCAUCAAAAAUGGGUGUGAGGUUGACAGCAAUACUCACAUUAUAUCACAGUCCACACACGAGACCAAAUUUGUAUUCCAAGAUUUUGAAUAUUCCACCAAUCGGGAAGGCUUAGAUAUUCACUGCAACGCUUCUUUUUGUGAUACAAAAGACUACUCGCCCGGAUGUGCCCAGUCCUGUGUAUUACCUUGAACUAUUUAUUGAUUGAUUCUAUUUAAUCACAAUUUGAUUAGAUUCUAUUAUAAAUAAUAUAUGAAUGACUUGAAAAUUUUAAUUUGACAGAAAAAAAAUGA